UCUGCUGGAGCCCGCGGGGGCGCCAGCCUGGAACGCCGCUCCGGAGUCGGCCCGAGGCAGAGGCUCUUCCCGGCGGGAAAACCCUGAGGAGAGAUUUUUUUCUUUUUAAACAUUAAGUAAUUUGAGGAUGAUGGGGAAAUACGACUAAAGCCCAUUUCCCGUGAUUGUGUAACCGGAAAACUCAAAAUCUGUGGAUAAAUUCAUGAGAUAAGAACAAGGAUGGCAUCUAAGAUAAAUACUGGUUUCACUGUGAUUCCCAGCCAGAAAUAUAGACGUAGCAAUCGUCAUUCCAGCGACUUUUCCAACACUCUUGAUUCAGAGGCUCAGCCCUUAUCAACACUUGGAAGUUUUAAAGCCUUGCCGUUGGAAGUAUUUCAAAUAAUUUUGAAAUAUUUGUCAGUGAAGGAUAUCAGCAUGUUAAGUAUGGUGUCCAAAACAGUGAGCCAGAACAUUAUUAAUUACAUCUCAACUUCAUCAGGAAGCAAAAGACUUUUGCUACAGGACUUUCAUACUCUUGAGCUACAUGGCAGGAGACAGAACUUUGGUAUCCUGGAGCACUACCGAUCUCUAGGUCUACUGUUUAAAAGAUGUACGUUGCUGUUACCUACCAAGGAAAGACUAAAGUACAUUCACAAGAUACUCACGGAAAUUCCCUGUUUUAAAUUCAAUGGCUGUGCAGCUCCCAUACAAUGUUUAGGAUUAUCGUGCUAUGGCAUGUUUUUACAGACCUUGACAGCAGGUUGGGAUGACCUUGAAUGCCAUCGUGUGUAUAACUUCUUGUGUGAGCUGACUAAUCUGUCUCGUAAGAUGCAGGCUGUUGUUUGCAACAAACCAGGAAGUUCCCGAAAACUGGAGUUAAGGAUCCGACUGUUCUGUAGGAACGUUCUGCUUGAUCACUGGUCACAGCGAAGUGAUUCGGCUUUUUGGUUGACACGAAUAUUAAAACCAUGGCCAAUGGUGAAUCAGGCAAGAUUGCUGUAUAUCAUCUUUGGGCCAAUAUCUCCUCAAGAUGUGGUUCCCCGUGAGUGGCUUCUAGAGAAUAAUGCACGACUUCUAAUCCUGAGUGGGAACAGCAUCUGCUUCACUUUCAUGGCUAGUAAAGCUGUCAAUGGACGGGCCACUGAACUGGCGAGACUUGUAGUCUUUUUGGCUUUGGUGUGUGAGAAAGAACUAUACUGCAUGGAUUGGGCAGUGAAAAUGAUGCAAAAAGUCUGUAAAGUCUUUAACACUCCAAUAGAAAGAAAUAACUUCCUGCAGAGUGUGGCCAAUGCGUUUGCAUGUGUUAUAAUGGAAAUGCUACAAUCAAUUAUGUCUGGAGACCGUGAUGAAGACGACAGAAGCUUUUUGAAUUUGUUCCAUCUUGUGCAUGCUCAGGCUAACUUCCAUAAGGAGGUCCUGUAUUUGACCAUGGGUUCUGUGUCUUCCUAAAUACUCGGACAGCUUUUCCUUUAGAGGGCAUCUCACUGAACAAUUAGAAGAUGGCUACUUUUUCACAUCUGAAGAACAGCAGCCAUGGGACUUAUCCUCGUCUAAAUAACCUAAGAAAAUAGCAUAGAAUUUUAGAAGCAACUACUUAUUCCUAUUGUAUUAUAAAAAAUAAUAAACAAACCAAGAAUGUAGUGAGAUUUCUCUAAACAAGCGCGGCCUCUGUAGGUUUCAGCAAACCCAACACCAAACCAAAAUGGAAUUUUAACUGUCCCAGAUUCUGGAUCCAGCCCAAGCUGUGUGUCUUGGAAGGUAAUGGAAGCAAGAGAAAAUUCUGUUUUGUAGUUAGAGCAGAUCCAAUUCACUAAAUAGCAUGUUUCUGUUCAUUUUGCUUAGGUUGUAUAGACUUUGCCCAGAAUAUUUUGUAAAGAUUUGCAAUAUGAUGUUUUGUAAUAUACAGAAUAUAAACCACAUUCUUCACCACCUUCUUGGCUUAUGAUUAUAAACGUCAUUAUAUUCGUGCAUGUUUUGUAUAAACUAAUGAAUUUUUUAUAGAAGUUCAAAGGAAGAACAUGUAUGUGUGUGUUUAUACAUAUACCUAUGUGGGAGUAUAUUUGUGUAAACUACAGACACACACACACAUACACACAGGAUUAUUUCAAACAGUUUGUGGAAAUUUAGAGCUGAAAGUUACAUGUGACCUCCAUUGUGGCACAGCAGGUUAAGCCGCUGCCUGCAAUGCCAGCAUCCCAUAUGAGCUCCAGUUUGAGUCCAGGCUGCUCCGUUUCCAAUCCAGCUCCUUGCUAAUGCACCUGGGAAAACAGCUGAAGAUGGCCCAAGUGCUGGGACCUCUGCUACUCAUGUGGGAGACCAGGAUGGAGUUUGGGCUCCUGGCUUCAGCCUGGCC